AUGAAUAGUAUAGCAGAAAUUAAAAGGAGAGAAAAAGAAAAUUUCAAGAAUAAAUAUAACAAGAAGAAAAAGAAUAAAAAACGAUUUCGAAAUUUCAACAAAUUUUCAAAUAAUAGGAAGGUUAAAAAAACAUUAUACAAUAAGAGUGACAAAAUAAGCGAAAAUUGGGAUGCAAACACAUUAAAAUAUAAAACUUUUUUUUUUCAUAAACAAAUUUUUAAAUCGCUGAAACGAAUGGAUACUAAUAAAGCCGAAGAAAAAAAAGGAUUUUUGAAAAAUUGGAACAUAAACUAUUUAUCAAACAAUUUAAACGCCUUUAUGAAAAGCGCGGAAAGCAUUGUUGGGGGAAGGACUAAUUUUGGUACAAGUUCCAAUUGUGGAGCUCAAAACAACGUUAAAGGAAUAAGAGGCAAUCGUUGCUUCCCCAAUGUGAGUGAUGGCAAAGAAAAGGACUACCACGAGAACAAUAAUAUGAACAGCAACAUGAGCUUCAGUAGUAAUCGAAGCAGCAAUCGCAAUGGCAAUAGUAACCACACAUACUUAACAAGUGUUAAGGGAGCUAACAGUGAGCACAUACAAGGCAAGCAGAAAUUUUCUCCAAAAGCAUACAAGCAAGAAGAACAAGAUCCCAGCCCCAAUAUGAAUAAUUUGCACCUGCAUGAACGCGUUCAGGCAAAUAGAAAAGAAGUUAACUACAAAGACAUUAGAGAUGUGUGGGAAAAGAUCAAAAACAGAAACGGGUUAUCCAACUUAAUGGAAAGUGCAAAUGUGGAUAGUGCAACCUUGGACAGUGCAUGUAUGGUUAGCAAAAUUUAUGGUGAUAUCAGUGAUUCCUACCACAUCAAUGACUUGGGAUGCAAAGACAGCUGGAUGAACAGUACUAUCAAUAGAGAUGUAAACCAAAGGAGCAUGGGUAACAUCAUUAACCUUCAGAGGAACAAUAUCAUAGAUUGCAGUUCUAAUCAUAAUAAGAUAAAGUAUGACAUAUCAGAUGGUGUCACAUGCGAGAAUUAUGUAAAGUGCAACAUGUCAACAAGCAACAACAAAACGACAGGAAAUAGCAGUAGUCAAAAUAACGGUAAUAAUAAUAGCAACAAUGGAGGAAAAGGUAGCAACAGUAAAAAUAGCUACAACAAUAAGGAUAGUAAUGGUGGAACCAAUAGUAACAACUAUAAUUAUAGUAAUAGUAGUGGAUAUAAUAAUAACAUGAGUGGAUAUCCAAAUAGUAGAACCCAAAACGGUGGAAGUAAUGAUAAUAAUAAUAGUAAUGGGGAUCGAGAUGAUGAUGAUGAUAAUAAUGGACAUUAUAGCCGAACUGGUAGAUGUGAUAAUAACGGAGAUACUAACGAAGAUGAAGAUGACAAUGAGGACAACAAUGAGGAUGAAGAGAGUGAUCGAAAUAACAAUGCAAACAAUGAUGGAAAUGAUCAUAAUGGAAAAAUGUACACCAAAAAUAACGGAUCAUCAUCAUCUGGUGCUUCAUUUGGUUCAUCUGCAUCUAUCACAUCAUCAUCACAUGUGAACCCAGAUGAACAUGCAUCGAAUAGAGGUAUGGUGAAACAUCAAUUUCAGAGGAAGCGCAAGAGUGGACGUAACAGUUGUUCAGGUGGUAAUGAAAACAGCAAUAUUCGAAACAGUAAUAUUCGAAACGGCAAUAGUGCUAAUAGCAUUAACUACAGAGGAGGGGAAACCCAAGGAAGCAAUAGUUGCUUAGACCAGAACAACAGCAGUGUUGAUUUCUGCAAUGUUGGAUACAGCAAUGUUGAUUACAGUAAUGUCAAUUGUUGCAGUGUCGAGAGGAGAAACAAUCCCAUCGCAAGGAAUGAUAAUGUCAACAUUGGCAACAAGAAUAAUAGUGGUAAUAACGAUUGUAGCAAUAGCAGCAAUUGUGGGGAUAACAAUAUUGGUGGAAAUAUGAAUGAAUACUAUAACCAAUACAGUGUGGGAAAAAGCAGAGACAACAACUCCACACAUCCACUGAGUGGAGAUCAUAACCAACAAUCCAUGGAGUUGCCAAUUAUUAAUCGUGGUAAUUAUGAUGGAUGUGGAACAACUUGUGAAGGUAAUUAUGUAGAUGAAGAUACAGAAAAUUAUAGAAGCAACUACAACAUGAGUAUGGGAGAUAGACAUUGGUAUGGUGAAAAUCCUGAAAAUAAUGAUUUUGAAAGAAUUAGCCGAAGGAACAGCUAUAGUAACAACGAAAGUACAAAUAAUUUAGAUAAUAAUUACAAUAUGAACAACAACACAAUGAUGAGUAAGAAUACAGGAAAUAAAAGAAACUAUGUUUCUAAUAUCAAUUAUAAGGACAUGAGUAUGAAUCCGAGUUACCAUCCCAGUCAUGGGAAAGGCAAUAAUUGUAUAACGAACAACAUGAAUAGUUUUAAUAGUAGUGGCAAUUUUAGCAAGCAGAUAAAAAAAGGAAGAGAUUGUGAAAAUGGUGUAGAUGAGGGAAAUGAUAGUGAUCAUAAUAGUGCUGAAAAUGGAGAAGACCAUUCACAUAACCCCAGCAGUAACUGUCACAAUAGCGAUAAUGAUUAUCAUCAAGGUAAUGAUGUUUAUGGAAAAUGUAGAAAUGACAAAGAAUGUAAUGAUAAGAGUCUAAAUGAUGAACACAACCAAAAGAACAACGUCGAUGUGGAAGAGGAAGUGCAGAAAAGACAUGUGCAUGCAACAAAUUGCGAUAUGUUAAACCCGGAGGAUAGAAAAAGAGAAGCUGAGAAAUAUAAAGUACUAGGGAAUCAGAGCUACAAAUUAGGGUACUUUGAAUCAGCCAUUGAUUACUACACGAAGGCAAUCUCAUAUGAUAAUACAAAUCAUGUAUAUUACACGAAUAGAGCAUUAUGUUAUAAGAAACAAAAAUUGUGGAAAUUAGCAAAUAGUGAUGCAAGACAAGCUUUAAAUUUGGAAGAAGAAUCUGUUAAGGCUCAUUUUAUACUGGGAUUAACACUUUUACAUUUAAAUAGUUUAGAAGAAGGCUUAAAAAAAUUAACAAAGGCAAAAACAUUAUCUAGCUAUUUAAAGGAUUCUAACGAAAGUGAAAUUAAUAGAUACAUAUUACAAGCAAAAAAAUUAAUAUACUUACGAGAUGAACAAAACAAACAGUUGACCUACACAGAAUUGCAAUCAUUUCUAAUCGAUAAAAUUAACUUACUUAAUCAAAUUGGAUAUAUUACAAAUGAAGAGAAAUACUUAAGAACACAGCAGACAGAAAAUCUUUUUAAAGAAAUUUUGGAUUCAUUUCAAAGAAAACAAAUACCUGAUUAUUUAUGUUGUAAAAUAUCCAUGUGCUUAAUGAAUGAACCUGUUAUUACUCCCAGUGGAAUGACUUAUGAUAAAAUAUUUCUGUAUGAACAUGUAAAGCAUAAUGGUUCCUUCGAUCCCGUGAGUCGUGAGCAAUUUUCCAUGCGAGAGGUCAUACCGAAUUAUGCCAUCAAGGAGGCAACUGAUAAUUUUCUGAAAUCCAAUCCAUGGGCUUUUGAGGAAUAA